AUGCAACGUGCCACUCGGGUUUUACAACGUGCUAGACACAUCAAAAUGCAACGUGCAAACAUUCACGGCAAUACUGAAGGAGCCACCGCAGAAUCCAAGGGUUGGAAUGACAAGGAAAAGGCAGUUGAGAAUAUGUGGGCACGACAGGCUGAGGCUGAAAAGAUCAAGGCUUUGAAAAACGUUCUCGCUGAACAGCGAAAGACCACAGAUGCCAUCAAGAAGGAAUUGGACGAAAUGUCCAAGAAACAAGCUUAA